AGGUAGGAGGGAGGGAGCCAUCGGAUUCGUUUUUCCAAGGAGACGUUCUGCAGCAGGGUGGAACAUUAUUGGCACGGCUGGGACAGCAGUGAAACCGAAUCCAAGGCGCACAAAGAGGCACGCAGGAACGCACGUAGAGAGGCGCAUAGAACAAGGGCAGAGAAAGACUCAAAGUGAACGAAGACACUUAUAAAAUACAUGCGUAGAACAUAUCGAUUAUGAAAAAAAGUACGCUUAACAAUUCGCGCUAAAGCACGUAUAAAGACAGAUAAACAUUUAAUAAAAUACACAUAGAAAGACAUAGAACAACAUUAAAGGGAAAGACCGUAUAAAUACACAAUAUAAUCACUUAGACACAGAGAGAAACAGAAACAAAUCUUAGCACGAAGACGCUUAUAAAGACAGAAUAUCACUGAAAAAGACAAUAAAAACAACUCUUAGAAAGACUCAGAAAGAUCUCACGUUAAGCCUCACAGAAAGUCGCACAUACAAAAUACACGCGGAUUAGAAACUCGCGUAGAAAGAAGAGGCGGAAAAAAAAGCGGAAGCGGGCCGCUCGAACGGGACUCGAUUUUCCAAACUCGACCACUCGCGCCUCGCUCGCCUCGCUCCAUCGUCAUCCUCGCUCCAAGUCCAGAGUGGGUUCGCUCUCCUUCGGCCAGAGUCACCACGAUCCGGUCAAGCGAGGUCAGAGGACUUCGAGGCCGCAGAGGGGAAGGGGGGGGGGUCAUAGAUAUCGAACUCGGCAGGGGGUGAAGGAUUUAACUCGGCGGGUGGAGAGUCGGGGGACUCUAGGAACCAUGGAGUCUCCCGUGAACGGCUCUCCGCUCACUCCCUUCUCAUGCAGUGAAGAUGACUCCCCUGGGCGUCCCGCGCCCAAGAGAAGCUCCCGCAAGAAGCGCCCUGCGCAGGGCGGAGGAAGAGCAGCGACAUCGUCAAUAUCAGCGACAUCGUCAGCAGAGGCAGCAGCAAGGGGGCUCGCAACAUCAUCUCCUGUGUGCAGAGGAGACGGCAGCGGCAAGCGGAGGCAACGAUGCGGGGACGCGGUGGUGCCAGGGGAUUGUGGGGCAGCGGACGGCAGCGCGGGCAGCGCGGGCAGCGUUUGCUCCUUGUCGGGGGAAGAGGUCCAGCAGCAGCGCUUCGUGGCGAACGUGCGCGAGCGGCAGCGCACGCAGUCUCUGAACGAGGCGUUCGCGUCCCUGCGCCAAAUCAUCCCGACACUGCCCUCGGACAAACUGAGCAAAAUCCAGACGCUCAAACUCGCCACGCGUUACAUCGACUUCCUCUACCAGGUUCUGCAGAGCGACGGCGAUGGUGGCGGCGGCGGUGGCGGUGGUGAUGUCGGAGUCCUCGGUGGUGGGGGAGGCGAGGGGGACUGCGGCGAGGGCCCCCAUGCAGGGGUUCAGUGUGGCAGCAGCUACGCGGCACAGGAGCGGCUCAGCUACGCGUUCUCGGUGUGGCGCAUGGAGGGGGCCUGGUCAAUGUCGGCCUCGCACUGAGAUGACCCCGAGUCCCAGUUUGGCUGUCCACCCCGCGCCGGGCAGCAGUGGGUUCAUGCCCUGGACCUAGCGCCGAGAGGAGGAACCGCUCACGACAUCCACGUUGCAGGCCACGUGGUCUUGACUUAGAGUGAACGAAUCGUGCUGCCGGGAGCGUUUCAACUAUACCACGUGUCAACGGAUGGACGUCAUCUGUGCUUAUUAUUACACGAACGUCCUCUAAAAUUUGACACACAGCUGCCAGAGGCUGUUACAAGGUGCAAAGAUUGUAAUACAAUCAGGAUUCCCACAAGACUGCAAUGUAUCAUCAAAUGCGUACAUACAGCCACACGCUCAUCCAUUGUAUGUACAUCGAGUCGUGGAUUAAUAUCGAUUCUUAAUCUCACGGUUCGCUCAUGGAUUUGUUUCCUCUCACUUGUACUGUACGUAAUGACUCUUUGGUCCUUUCGGUAAAGUCUUCACCGAAAGAACCAAAGAGUAAUUCCUGCAGUCACGAAAGCUUCAAAUCAAGUUUGUACGUAAUGAGUUCACGCGACUCACCCAGCCACUAGGGGUCGCCAUAUUAGCCACGAUUAAACAAAUCUAAUUUUUUAUUCUUGAAUUGGCUCCAUUCUUGAUUCGAGCCGUGAACCGGAUUUUCGCAAAUUGAUGCAAUCUCGUUUCACACCGCAUAUAUUGUGCCAGAUAUACACCCAGCCAGCUACAGCGACAGAGCGAGUGGCUCACGAUCAGAAGGAUGCGAGCUCAAGUUCUGCUUGGGUAACGACUCAACCAAUCAUCCUUUCAGUGUUGAUAAAAUUGGUACCACUUUGUGGGGAUUGUGCUAUGGAGAGAAUCGCACCCCGCCAUAGGAACGUGGAAUUUCCACCACUCGCUCAGGGUUGGAAGCAGGAGAUGAGCACUGCCUCGAUGCUCAUUUGAGCAGAAAAUUAGUUUGAGGGAUGUAUCACGAUUCAUAUGCGAUGUUAUGAAAUUGGUAAUUCGAGUCAAGAAUCGAUUCAUAUUUACAUCGUUUGUAUUGUUGCUCAUCCGUAAUGUCUCAUUUGUCAUUGUUUGUCCUGCUUCGUUGGUACUGCGUGUCGACCUAGAUUCUACCGUCUCCUUUGUGUUUCGUUCUCUGCUGUCUUUGUAUUUUUCAUUGCGUGCUGUCUUACUUGUAUUCUCCAACUAUUGUACUUACCCGUUCGGGUUUUAGUGCAUUCCGUGAGCAUCCACGUUACAUUCGCGGGGACUCGAUGCACGAAAUCGUGAGUUUAAUCAUCGAUUAAUCGUUACUCAUUGCGCGUUUAUAUUUGUUGGUUUUCCAAUUGCUCGCAUAUUGAUCGUGUAAGAAGCAUUGACAGUGUUAACGUAUUUAUGUGCAGAAUAAUACACGCCGCUGCUCCCAAAUUAAUUUAUUGUAGGUAACCCUUAAAGGCUUGUUAUAAAUUGCACCACUCUACAGUAUUAUAUAUGUAUGCGCUGUAAUGCUAAUUGCGUAUCUACUGCAAUUGAAUUUCGUUUAAGACGUAUACAGGUCCGGUCUUGUAACUAGCGGUGGCCAAAGCUCAGGGCCCUAAGUAGGCGCAGGGCCCCACGGAUUCAUGGACCAAUAGGGGUGGGACAUAUCAGCUCGAAUCACAAAUCCGAUUAAAACAUAUAUAAUAAGCCCAUUAACAUAAAAAUACAAUUAAUCUCUCUCAUCUUGCAUCUCACUACAGCGAUUAACUUUUUUCAUUGCAUUUUUCUUAUCUCACUACGUCUCUGUUUUGUCUAGAUAUAUAUCUCCUGUCAUCUCACGAGGAAUGUACACUGUACCGUACAUUAAAACUAAACUAAAAAUAAACUAUUUUUAUUUUACAAGGUAAGGCCCACUGAGCUAUGUGAAGCUCUUUUUCUGAAGCCACCUGGCCACAAAUGAUAGUUCAACGAAGUGGCUUAUCGUGUGGAAAUGUAUAGCAGCCAGAUACCCUAAACGCAUGUUUCUAAAUGUGGAGGGGAAAACCGGAGGACCUGGAGAAAAAUCCACGCGAUCGCGGGGAGAGAGAGCGACGUGCAAACUCCAAAUAUACAGGCGUCAGGGUAGGGAUGAAACCCACAACCUCCAGCAUACCAGGCGAAGAAGAUAUAAUCUCGCCACCGCGACGCCCAUUAAAAGAGGGUAAGGUCUCCAGUGGGCUAGCACCACCACUGCUGUUAACAUCCAACACCAGCAGCGAAUAGCGGUCAGAAACGAAAAAUAUUCUGCAAGUGCCAAUGGGGCGAUGAGGGGCAAACCGUUUGGGGGCAGAACACACUUAACCCUCGCCCACUCACCAACCGGCAACGGGUAUCGUACGAGACAUUACAGAGAUCUUUUGCAACUGGCCAAGCUGCUACUUGCACUGCAUACACCCCCUACCGUUGAUCAACUAACCCACCAAGCGCUCUCUCACUAAUUCUGACCAGUGGUCGUGACAGUGGCGAGCAGGUGUCCCUUUCCGAGGCGGGCGCUGCCAAAUAUCGGUAGCCAAAUUAAUUAGGAACGAAGCGAGCAGUGGCGGCUGAUCGAUCACAUUUGUGGUGGCCAGUGUCGGCUUCCGCAGCUGCGGGGGGUGGGACUGAAGGGCAAACGUUGCCCCCUCGCACCAACAUGCUUCGCUACGGCUCUGAUCCUAACCCGCUGACCCGAGCUUCGCCCUCCAAACAGGAUCGGUUCUCAACUUUUGUUAGUUCUGUUUUCAGUGUUGCUGAUCACAGCGCACAGGGCGAAUGAGGAAUGUUUGCGGCUCCUAGGGUUCGCCAGCAGGGGGAGACGUGGUUGGUAAUUACACGAUGGAACACGAUUUUUGUCCCUGGGUAGUAAGUGUUAUUUUUUAAUUGCUUGUGCCCAAAAAGGAUAGACAAUGGCUAUUAUUCCCCACAAACUUUGCUUUUUUGACCGGUACUUUACGUGAAGGAAUGACACAAAUGCACACGUUUUCUCAUUGAAAAUAGGUAAAUUUCAAAAUAUCACUGUCCUGGUCACAAAAGCAAAGUUUGUGGGGAAUAACAGCGAUUUUCUGUACUUUUGAGGCAUAAGCAAUUGGGAAAUAACACUUACUACCGAGGGAUAAAAAAAAACAUGUUUUUGGUACACAGUGUUAUCGUUGAGUCUAUUUGCUCCUUUUCUCUCGCUGGGUUUCUGUCGUCUCUUGUGUCGCCGCCUUCGUUUCCGUCUCUCUGGUCGCGUUGUCUCUAAAAUUGUCUGCACCCCUCAUACUCAUUUCUUUAGAACUGCUUUAUGUGUGUAGUUUUGUUGUCCUUCCCCCACACCUCCGAUUUGCACGGUUGGCCACGUACGGUGCGAAAGUUCAACAUACGUGGCUGGCACCCUUCACAGCUUUGCGUCCUGGGCGGCUGCCCCGGUCGUCUAUGCCACGCUAAGGCCGAACCUGGACGUACAGUUACUGUCAAUGCAAUAUUGUUCGAUUAUUACUAAUUACUAUACAAAUAUAUAAUUGCUCUGUUAUGGACGAAA